UAAAAAAUACGCCUUGAUAUUUCCUUAAAAGUAGGACUUCUUUCAUUCGUCACCGUGUGAAUUGUAAACAAUGUCAGUGCUCCGACUUUUCGUGCCGAAUUUGAAAUUCCUGACUCAAAAUUUGAUAAAACCUCCAGAUAUACUUUGUAAAGCAGGCUAUGCUGCAGGAAAACUAAAAGGAAAGAUGAUGUCAGCAACACAGAAGAAAACAUUUUUAGAGGUUGAAACUGAUCCUUAUAAAUUAUGUAACUUUGUUUGUGGGGCUAAUUAUUUCAAAGAAGGAGAAGACCCUCCUAUUAAACCAGACAGUGAAUAUCCAGAAUGGUUGUUUUCAUUACAUAUAGAUCGAAAGCCAAUAGAUCUAAGUGAAUUAAGUAAAGAUGACAUGUAUUAUUGGAGGCGAUUAAGAAGAAUAAAUAUGAGAAGACAAAAUAAAGAAAUUAAGUAUGCAGGACAGAGAAGACAAAAACGAAUCUGGUGAAGAUAAACAAUUGAUAUUAAAUAUUACAUCUAGAAGUCACUUUUUACUUUGCUCAUAUAUAGAUUUAAAACAUAUGAAUAAAAAUUAUAAAGUUUGAA